UCGGCCUUCAUGAUGGUCAACACCAGCGGACGUUUCUCGGGCCAGAAGGCCCAGUUGCUUAUGCCCCAGCUCAAGGAGAACGACACCCACUGCCUCAUCUUCCAGUACUACGUAGCGGGCCAGCGCGAGGGUGCCAACCCGGGCCAGCUCAAUGUCUAUGUCAAGGAGAACAACAGUCCGCAGGGCAUCCCUGUGUGGAACGCCUCAGGGCCCGCCUACCCCACCUGGCGCCAGGUGGAACUGGCUGUCAGCACCUUCUGGCCCAACUUCUACCAGGUGAGGUGGGAUGAAGAAGAUGGGGCUGGUGCUAUAAAGGGGCACAUAGAACAAGGGGUAGAGUUGUCAGUGAGGGCCCUACUGUUCAGGAAAUGUAAAGUUUUGUUCAAGUCAAUGUCCUGUUGUACUGUGGGCAGUUAGGAAACGGUAGACAGUGUGUUAUUUUCCUCUGGCGGCUGUACAUCCAGACUGAUGAAGUGGUAACGUGGGUGGAGAUAAGAACCCAUCAGAUCCCUGCAAGUCGGGACAUCUUCCCAGCACGCGAGCCAUCUUUAAACACUGUCCAUUAGCAGGGCAUAAUAUUAAACUCUGACAGAGUCCAUGUUUUCUCAGUGCAGCUCCAUGGCAGUACAGUAAACAGUCUCCAAGGUGUCCUGAGGUCAAACCACUUUCUAUUAGCACGCUCCAAUAUUUCUCCUCCUCUCUGAAAAUUAAACUCCUUUUGUGUGCAUCAUCGUGCCGCCAGGCUGCAGAGCUGUGGAUUUCGAACCGAGGCAAUUACCGUUCACGCCAAAUAUUUGGUUUCCUCCCACACAAGGUCACACACACUCUACAUCCUAUACACAUCCUACACGCGCCUGUGAGGUUUUCCCUAGAGAGACCGAUGGUAAAGAGUGAUAAAUACAUCUCCACAUUUCCCAAGAGAAAUCACCGGCAUCUGUUGCUUCACCGAGGCACCGUGCAGAAGGAGCGUCUCUCUCUUGAGAGUUGUGACUUCCUAUUACUCUCUCAGAUGAACAAUGGAAAGGCGUCAUCUUCAAAGCUCUAUACCCAAUUAGCAAUGUAGCAAGUAAUUAUGGGCUUUCUGUAAUUGCACAGUAUCUUUAAGUGUUUGUCAAAAUGAAAACCACCUGGUAUUCAGAAAUUACUUUGUCUCUUAUUUUGUAAUUACAUCGUAUGGUUUUCGCUCCCCUCAGUUUACAAUGCAGGUCUAUCAGCACAGGUCUAAUUACAUUGCAAUGGUUGGGGCGCAUUUGAGAAACUUUUAAUUAAUUACGCCGUGCAUUUCGAAUAUGGUAAUUGUCUUCCCCAGCCCGGCACACUCUGAUCUUGAUCCUGGCAUUUUGCGUUGUUCAUCUCCACCUGCUCUGUUAUUCCAAUUCCAAUUUUAGACACAAUCACAAUUACCAGGUGAACCGUAAAGGAACACUCGGGCGACAUCGCAUCAGUAUUUAAUGAACAGGGUGAGAGGAAGGAAGGGUCCUUUCUUCACCGUCUGCUAUUACACAUGCAUGAGAGGUCAGCCUUUUGUUCUUAGGAAGUUUCAACAACUUACUGACAAUACUUUUUGUAAAAGAUGUGGUGAACCUGAAGUUCCACUAAGGACGCCAUGAGGUAAAGCAAUAUACAUGCACACACACCUCGGAGGAGCACUACUCGUGGUCCUCUCUCCUCUCUGUAGCUCAGCUGGUAGAGCACGGCGCUUGUAACGCCAAGGUAGUGGGUUCGAUCCCCGGGACCACCCAUACACAAAAAAAAAAAUGUAUGCACGCAUGACUGUAAGUCGCUUUGGAUAAAAGCGUCUGCUAAAUGGCAUAUUAUUAUUUAUAUUAUUAAAAGCAAACCUAUUUCUCUAGCCCCCACAAACCACAUGAACAUUAUCAUGGCUAAUUGAGCUCAUUAACCAGGUGCAGCUAAAGAAGAAGAUUAACCUAAACACAAAUGGUCGAGUGGGUUGCUUAGCAUCACCACGGCGACAAACAUUAACAACGUCAGUUUUAAUCACCCCGGCGGCACAUCGUGACAUUUUGCAUGCUGCCGUUUGCUUUUUAUUUCCUUUUUGAAAAUUAGGCGUAAAUAGCGGCCGAGGCUUCUGCCAUCGCUCAAAAGGAAGCAAGAGAGAGGGGAGGAGAGGGACAAAUCUAUUAAAACACAUUUGAUUUUUUAUUAAAGGCAUCUCAUUUGGCCUCAGCUCAACAAUGUUAUUUCAUGGCUAAUGACUCUCAUUUCAUCCUAUUUGUUCACGGGGCAUUGGGACUGGUGCGGUUGGGCCCUCCCUUGUAACACACAAAGGCCAUAUUUAAAUAGGUUCUAUUGGAGUAGGUAUGGUCCCUCAACAAUACAUCCUACAGCAGCUGAUGUGGUAGGCAUGAUGAGUGGAGCCACAAGAAUAGACACAGUAGAUCCAUUCAUAAUUCUGAGCUCCAUACUUCAGCCUGGUAUGAGGUACGCAUGCACACAUCUAUGAGUCCCAAAUGGCACCCUAUUCCCUAUAUAGUGCACUACUUUUGAACAAGGUCCUAUAUAGGGAAUAAGGUACUAUUUGGGAUGAAGCCUACCAUUCACAGGAUCUGCUGUAUUGAAGGAGUUUGAACAUAAUCAUGGCUAGAAUUGGAGCAGUGUUUUCUUCCAGGAAGUAAUGCAUAGCCUAUAGUGUUGCUAUCUCCUCUAAGUUGAUUUGUGUCCUUGGGACAUCAUCUGCUUUAGGGUUCUAAUACCUCACAAGGAAUGUAAGCAGAAAUGCAUGAGUCUGCCAGAGAAGGCUUUGAAACCCCCUUGACUGUUUUGAGUUUAGAGUACAAGGCCACGCUUUUUGGUUUUUCAGUUUUCAAUAUUGUAGUCUCCCCAGACAUUUGUUUUGUUUUGGUAUUUUUGCAUCUACAAACCUGAUAUCUGGGCCCCACAUAGUUAUGUUAUCUUAAGUGUUUGUUUUUGUUGUUCAGGAACUUUGAACGCUGCACUUUACACCCUUGAUCAUAUCUGUCUGCUUGACCUCGACCGCCAACGGACCGUUGUCUCUCUUGACCUCGUUUCUGUCGUCCGUUACCGUUUCUGUCGUCCGUUACCGUUUCUGUCGUCCGUUAACGUUUCUGUCGUCCGUUACCGAGUCAAGUGAGAUACUCACAACCAUUACAGAGGGGGUGUGUUUCAUACCACAACGUUGUUUCCUUCCCUUCUGCCCUUGCUCCCAUCACUGAUCAAAUGGUACUGGAUAGUUUAAAACAAUAUGGUGGCAACUAGGUCUCAGCAUUGUUUACAGCGGCCCAGUUGUCUCAAAUCCAUGAAGGAGAGGGAACAAGGACAAGGUGACUAGUGCAAAGGGAACAACUUUAUGGAAUGAAGAAGGGAUGGAGGUUCCCCAGAAAGAGGUCACACUGGCCCGUUUUCUGGCCCAUAGAAAAGCUCUGAUGUAAACCAAGUGGGGUGGGCGUGCUGCCAGAACAGGAAGGCGGCCCCUGCGUCUUUAACCAGUUGUUUCCUGAGAGAUAAGGGCCAUGGAAUGUGGCCUCCGGGGGGGGGGGGGCCCUUCUGAAGUGGACCGCAAGGUCAGAAGUGUGAGAACUUGAUUCGGCCGCUCUAUUCGUCACCGUGGUAACGCAACAGAGCUGACGUGGCAAAUAUAGUCCCUCGCAGGUGCAGCCGUUAAAAAAACAACACACGAUACAGACACCCUGUCAUAGAAACCAUGACUCCAGACACUCUCUACCAUUCCCCUCCCUCCUCCUACCCGUGGGAAAUGGAGGAGGAGACACUGUACAAGAAAACUUUUUUUUUUUUACAUUCAAAUGAUUAGGUUGAUCUUUACGAGGUGUGCACCCUCAAACAGUGGAGAUCCAACCCACAUAACAUGCCUCAUAGCUAAAGCAUGCUCUCUGGAAGCCAUGAUGAUUCAGGGAUAUAAAUGAACCCAGUCAUCAUAGACUCAGGCCCCAUUGUUUGAAAACGGUCCAAGGAAAGGGUCCAUGUAACAGUAACCCAAUCCUUUCCCCCCUCCGCCUCCCUGCCUCAUGAGCUAUGUUUGAAACCUGAACGCGUUGGCCGGGGCCCCUUAAACUGUACCAGCUGCCAGCUUCUCCCUCCUCUAACUAGAUGUUCAAUGAAUGGGAGCACAGGAGUGUUGUCUAUGUCUGCGUUCCCAUUCUCUGCUCUUCUCCCGAAGUGCACUUGCACGUUCCCUGACAUGGAUUUAUUAGCAAUGGUGAAAACUCCCUCCAACCGACGCUUACACCAAUUUGAUGGUUUUAAAUCCGUGACAGAGAGUGUUCAAGACAAGUGCACACUUUAUGAAAGUGGUUCCCAAACUGUGGGACCAUAGAUUUUGUUGUAAUGUUUGAGUCACUCAAAUAUCACAUGAAAACACAUUAGACAUGGCAAAAUGUAUAGAAUUGCAAGAAAAUGUGCUUUAAAACUGCAAAAUGUUCUCUGCACCCCAUGACAAAAUGUGUAGAAUUGCAGGAAAUAAGCUUUAAACCUGUUAAAUGUUCUCUCUGCCAACAAGAGGGGUGUGAACAGUUUGUGUCAUGAACAGUGCUUGUUUCCAUAGAAAUAGAUGUGGCGCACGUGCGCGCGGGGGGGGGGCGAGGGAUGUCCCCCAAUGCUGGAAGGGGGGCCUGAGAGAAAAAGAUUGUGGACCCCUUCGUUAGGAGAAGGCUAGAGCAUUGGGACGCAUCCUUGAAUAGGAUGAUGGGAGCCUUCUUUAUGAUCACAGGAAGUGCACUGAGGAUGCUGUUUGUUUGUGCCAACUGCCAACCUCUCACCCCUUCUCUUUCUCUCCUCUCCUCCCCUCUGCAGAUUGCAUUUGAGGUGGUGAGCACAGGACAACGAGGCCUACUGGCCAUCAAGGACAUCACACUGCAAGGCCACCAGUGCAGUAAGUCUCCACUGCCACAUACACACACACACACACACACACACGCUCACACACAAUGAAUGUGGUAUGUAGCACCCGUCCCUUGCGUGUCUCAUAAGUCACCCAGUGCCACUCUUCAGGCCUCCAUCUCCCUCUUCUCACAUGUUAUUGCUGUCACCUUCCGACCCAUGUCUUUGCUAUAUAGUGAACUCAAUAUACAGUAUAUUCCUGGGCAACAUAUUUACAGUGCAUUCCGAAAGUACUCAGACCCCUUGACUUUUUCCACGUUUUGUUACGUUACAGCCUUAUUCUAAAAUUGAUUAAAUAGUUUUUUCCCUCUCCAGAGAUGUUCGAUCGGGUUCAAGUCCGGGCUCUGGCUGGGCCACUCAAGGACAUUCAGAGACUUGUCCCGAAGCCACUCCUGUGUUGUCUUGGCUGUGUGCUUAGGGUCGUUGUCCUGUUGGAAGGUGAACCUUCGUCCCAGUCUGAGGUCCUGAGCGCUCUGGAGAAGGUUUUCAUCACGGAUCUCUCUGUAUUUUGCUCCGUUCAUUUCCCCCCUCGAUCCUGACUAGUCUCCCUGUCCAUGCCGCUGAAAAACAUUCCUACAGCAUGAUGCUGCCACCACCAUGCUUCACCGUAGGGAUGGUGCCAGGUUUCCUCCAGACGUGACACUUGGCAUUCAGGGCAAAGAGUUCAAUCUUGGUUUCAUCAGACCAGAGAAUCUUGUUUCUCAAAUGUCUGAGAGUCCUUUAGGUGCCUCCAAGUGGGCUGUCAUGUGCCUUUUACUGAGGAGUGGCUUCCGUCUGGCCACUCUACCAUAAAGGCCUGAUUGGUGGAGUGCUGCAGAGAUGGUUGUCCUUCUGGAAGGUUCUCCCAUCUCCACAGAGGAACUCUGGAGCUCUGUCAGUGACCAUCUGGUUCUUGGUCACCUCCCUGACCAAGGCCCUUCUCCCCGAUUUGCUCAGUUUGGCCGGGCGGCCAGCUCUAGGAAGAGUCUUGGUGGUUCCAAAUUUCUUCCAUUUAAGAAUGAUGGAGGCCACUGUGUUAUUGGGGACCUUCAAUGCUGCAGAAAUAUUUUGGUGCCCUUCCCCAGAUCUGUGCGUCGACACAAUCCUGUCUCGGAGCUCUACAAACAAUUAUUUCGACCUCAUGGCUUGGUUUUUGCUCUGACAUGCACUGUCAACUGUGAGACCUUAUAUAGACAGGUGUGUGCCUUUCCAAAUCAUGUCCAGUCAAUUGAAUUUACCACAUCUCAAGGAUGAUCAAUGGAAACAGGAUGCACCUGAGCUCAAUUUCGAGUCUCAUAGUAAAUUUGCAAAAAAUUCUACAAAUCUGUUUUAUUUUUGUCAUUAUGGGGUAUUGUGUGUAGAUUGAGGCAAACAAUUAAUUUAAUCCAUUUUAGAAUAAGGCUGUAAUGUAACAAAGUGGAAAAAAUAAAGGGUGCCUGAAUACUUUCCGAAUGUACUGUACAGUCCUGUGACAUGAACGAAGACAGAAUUAUACUACACAAGCUGUCAAAUUAAAUAUGUAUUUUUGAAUCAAUGGCAAAAGGACUGGAUGGGAGCAAGCUUCUUGUCAUUCCCCUCCUCUCCAGGAAAGGCUCCGGUUCCACAAUCCUCCCCCAGAUCUGUGUGAAUAAGCUAGGUUAAUUACCUCCGAUAGAACGGCCAAAUCUGCUUCGCCAUGUAGCCAGGCACGGAGGAACACCACUCCACAAAGAAUGUGGGAUGAUUACGAGUGCGUGGUAAAGCACACAUACCACACACAUUAUGUUGAAUGAAGUUAUAAUUUAGUUGUUUUACUAACAACGUCACUAGCCUAGACACGUGUGUGACUUUCCAACUGCUCUCGACAGAUUAAGUGUCAAGAUAGAGGGGGCCUUAGACUCUUCAAAGUUUGGCCUCGGUCCACGUUUGUUUUCCAGGUGAAGCAAGGCAAUACCAUUAGCCCUCAACUCCAAAGACUGGGGGAGUGCUGAGCUGGGAGAUAUCAGGGCCGCCGCGUUACUUCACAAGAGUUGUUUUAAUUGCCUACCACAGAGUUCCGUGGCGUGCAUUCUAGUGUACCUCGUCUCAGAUAUCAGAAUCAAGGUCGUCGCCAACUACAGCCCGCGCGCCUCGAACACAGAGACAAGGGGGAACUAAUUAAAAACUAAUUUCCAUAAUUUCAUUAGCAUUGACUUUCAUCCGUGCAUUAGUGAUGUAGUGAUCCCACCUACCAUUAUAUAUUCUGAUUGACCCAGAUUCCCCAGCCACGUCGGCUUUGUUGUUUGUUCAGCUGCCAAACUAUUAAGGAGUAAGGGGACAACCCACCCAACCCUACACACCGUAUCAACAAGUUUACAUUGUGUGUUUAUUUGAUCGUGGCCAAAACGCAGGGAGCUCUGAACACUGAACAGAGAGUUUUUGGCUCCGUUUUGAUUUGCAACCUGACCCCUCCGCCAUCUUCCUCCCCUCCUCCCCCUUUUGCUUUUUCCCAUUACUGCUGCGUUGGUGAAAACUUUCUUCCAAUAUCCUUGAACUCUGGAGAGAGUCGAAAGGUUUAUACUUCCCCCGGCUAAAAUAUUUUCACCACAGCUUGCCUCCUGACCUUUCUCCACUGUAAUAUCCUAAUUGAAAACGCUGUCCCAGAGACUCCUCCUGGGAAGAAGGUAAAAAUAAAAAAAAAAGUGUAAGGAUCCAUUUUGUGAUUGAAUCUCAGGAGAUUUCUCCCCCGCUUGGCUCAAGAGAUCAGACCAAGGUUAACGCCAAUGGAGAAUAAAUGUGAUUUGUUUUUGGUAGGAUUGAAAGAUAAUUGGCAGUUUUUAGUAUGAGUUGCGGCAGAUGCCAUAUAAAUGCUUGGCUUACUGGAGAAAUUGAGAAAAGGUGAAUUCGGGAAAAAAAUGGCCACAAAUGACCAAUCUCAAUAAGAAUGAAACUGUUAGACUCAAAGGAAAUUAAACUGAAAGUGGAUGAGACGACAAUACGUGCAACUACUGUAUUUAUCAUGUUUAAUAUGGUUUUGGUUAUUGUAUACAUCUCCGUCUCUCUUCGUCUCUUGCAGUGAGCACCCCCCACUUUCUCCAUAUCAAAGGUGUAGAGGUCAACGCCAGGCAGACCGCCACAUUCCAGUGCACAGUUAACGGUCGACCGCAAGACAGCCAUAACCUCUGGUUACAGGUGAGUCCAUUUUGAUCUUAACACUCGGAGCGCCGGAAUUCCAUAACUACUAGAUGGUCAUUCAGUUGAUAUUUCAAUUGUGUACAUAUUCCAUAAUAAAUAAUACAUUGCUAAAUGAAUGCAUUUAUUAUGUUAAAAUAGGUAAUAAGAAACCUCAGGACACCAAAUGAAACAUUUAUUUUACACUUGAAAUUCUGUGUUUUUUUGUUUAAACUAAUGAAAAUGUUAUGUUCUUUCAAAUAUUUACAUUUCUUACCUAAGACCUUCAUAAACACAACCAAAUGACAUCGACACGAAGAGGUGUCCAACGAGGCCAGGCUUAAAUAGUUUUAUUAGAUAGCCGGCUGUUGGUAAUCCUUGAGGCCUGGCUAUUCUACUGUUAAAUAUGCAUAAGGUCAUUUUGACUGUCAUGGCACUUUGAGGAUGAAAUGCUGAGAACGUGUUUGUCUUUUAUGAUAUUUAAUGUAAAAGUACUGCUAGUCAGGCACAGGUUGGUUCAAGGUUUUUAUUGAAAUAAAGCGUUAAACAGUCCAGUUGUGGUCAUUUUAGAUCCUAAGUGUGUCACCAUGUUGCGGUCACAUGAAGGCAAACUGCCAUUACCGGACUCCUUGUCAAACAUGCCACUGUCAUCUGCAUAUCAGUGUGUUGUGCAGAGGUUGACGGUGUGUGAGUUAGUCAUUCCUCUUACCGAACGCCUUUAAUCCUUGUUAACGGCAGAGAUUAAACACUAGCAUUAAGUGAAAUCCCCCGGGUGACAGUAAUGAAGAAAUAUUCCUGAAAACAAAUGGCCCCAAUCUGGCGUGUGUGCAUGCGCGGUCUGUGUGUGUAUGGUGACAGCUGUGGGGGAGCCGGGGAUGUGUGUGUAUGGUGACAGCUGUGGGGGAGCAGGGGAUGUGUGUGUAUGGUGACAGCUGUGGGGGAGCCGGGGAUGUGUGUGUAUGGUGACAGCUGUGGGGGAGCCGGGUGAUGUGUGUGUAUGGUGACAGCUGUGGGGGAGCCGGGGAUGUAUGUGUAUGGUGACAGCUGUGGGGGAGCCGGGGAUGUGUGUGUGGUGACAGCUGUGGGGGAGCCGGGGAUGUGUGUGUAUGGUGACAGCUGUGGGGGAGCCGGGGAUGUGUGUGUAUGGUGACAGCUGUGGGGGAGCCGGGGAUGUGUGUGUAUGGUGACAGCUGUGGGGGAGCCGGGGAUGUGUGUGUAUGGUGACAGCUGUGGGGGAGCCGGGGAUGUGUGUGUAUGGUGACAGCUGUGGGGGAGCCGGGGAUGUGUGUGUAUGGUGACAGCUGUGGGGGAGCCGGGGAUGUGUGUGUAUGGUGACAGCUGUGGGGGAGCCGGGGAUGUGUGUGUAUGGUGACAGCUGUGGGGGAGCCGGGGAUGUGUGUGUAUGGUGACAGCUGUGGGGGAGCCGGGGAUGUGUGUGUAUGGUGACAGCUGUGGGGGAGCCGGGGAUGUGUGUGUAUGGUGACAGCUGUGGGGGAGCCGGGGAUGUGUGUGUGCAGACAGAAGACCAAACAGCGCAGCUCUCGCUGACAGGAUCCUCUGUCCCUCUCUCUCCAAACAGACCAGGAGACCAACACACACAGCCUGCUGAUACACCACUUGUGGCAUUGCCCUAAGCUGUGUUUGACCCCCUCUUCCAGUUUCAUGCGUCACAUGAAAACAAUAGGAGGAUAUCUCCUCUUCACAUGAAGACCCAGUGCUCUGUUUGGUCUGUGUUCCUCUCUCCCGUCUGAACUCUUUGACCGUUAACAGUUCAGAUUGACCUCUCUGUGACCGUCUGCAACGGUGCGUUUCCUUUUUCCCAGGAGGACUAGACUAGCGUUGCCUGCCAGGUAGCCUCGUACUCCUCUCCCAUACAUAAACACACCAGCGGAAUGGAAACCUGCUGGUUAGCACAGGGAGAACGGCAGCGGUGGUGUUAGACCCCGUAGCCCGCAGGCACUCUUCACUCGGCCUCAGCACUAGUGUUUACAGUAUGCCGUGUGUGGAGAUUUGAAAUCGCUACAGUCUGCAGUACAAUCUAUUGUAGUCUAGUCUACACCAUGCUGGCAGUGUUGAGUUCAUAAACAAAGUUUGACGAGUCACUGCAGAAGACACAUUUUGGCAUCUGUCAAAUGAGGGGAACCAUUUUGGAUGGGGGAUGUUUUUAUUGACACAGCAUUCCUAAUGUACAUUUACAUGACCGGUUUGUUGCUGUAUAUUUUCCUACCAGGGUAUCGGAGGGAGACAGACCCCGAUGAGAGAGACCAAGCCGGUGAACUCCCGCCGCUACAUCGCCGUGUUCGACGUGGAGAACACCACCAAGGAAGACUCGGGCCGCUACCGCUGCAUCGUCCACUCAGACAAGGGCGUGGGCGUGUCCAGUUACGCCGACCUCACCGUCAAACGUAAGUCACAUUCUGUUUGUACCUCACAAAAGACUCGUAAUGUUUCCUCAAAUAGAUAUUCACCCCAAUUUAAGAUGACAGCCAAAGAGUUAUAUGAAAUUACUUUUCACAUUAGCUUAUAAUCCGCUCCAAUAAUUUAGUUAAUUCGUUCAACCAGUCCCAAAUUAACCAUGCUCUCAGUUACAAGCCAGUCUGUCAUUGUAUUGUAUAUUUUCCAAUGUCCAGGCCAGGAGUAG